CACAACAAUACUGGGAUGAACGGUAUAUUGUGGAGGGGGUCGAGAUGGGAUCUGCACUGCACAGUGGACCGGGGCGCCUCUACGGAGUUGUGCUCUGUGUUCCAAAACGACCAAAGGAUGACAGACUCCUUGGAAGGGAAGAAUGCUGACCGAGGAAUCAGAUCGGCUAUCCUCGCAGUAGUUCGUCGUUACACGGUGAACAGUUAAUAGUCACAUUCGUACAAGUAGGGCAUUAGUUUUACAAGUAGGCUCUCUUUCGGAUUUCUAGAGCGGCUAGUUGUUUCGCUAGGUACUGAGUUUAACGCCUGAUCGAAGUGCCAGCCGCCGGAGCGAUGCCUGUAUUGGUAGUUCGAUGCUCCAAGAAUAGGACUACGAAAAACUCAAGAUCAUUGGUGGUGGUGGUGGUCGUACUGGUCGUACUGGAGUCUGGAAGACGGCAUUCUAUGGACCUGAUGUGUAUGUGAGUGCGCAAGUUUGUAUGUAGUUGGUGGAUGGGUCCGGUCAAUUCGCUCAGUUCCCACUCCUGUAAUGUCGAUCCCAGCGUCUACAAUAAGCAGAGUUAGCCAAUGUAAUACUCCGCACUGUAUGUAGG